AAUCAGUCACAAGAGAAAUUGCCUAAAUGGAUAGACAUGAAUAAAUAUCGCAGAGGACAAAAGUUUGUACAUGACAAUUACGCCUCUAUUAUCAUCAGCGUAUUACUAGGCUCCAUCUACGGUUUCACCUUCAACGAUGGUCUAACACCAAUUAUCGUAUCAGGACAGAGUCAAACACCAUAUUUGGCAUUUAAAAGGUAUCUCAGUACUAUAGUACAAAUAAUGAGUUGGUGCAAUGAAGAUCCUUGGGUCAAAGGAACAAAGGCCUAUAAGAAUAUGCAAUUCGCACGUUCGAAGCAUUUGUGGAUAGACAAGAAAAUGUCCCGAAUGAGUAACGAGGAAAUCCUCGCUGUGUCGAAAAUCGCAGAUUCGUCCUAUUUAGAACGCGAAACAUCAGUGAGGGACGCUGUAACGUGUCCUUUCGGAAAGUCGCAAAUACGUCCUUAUAAAAUAACCGAAAACUUGUUCAUAACAAAAACUAUAAAUAAUGCGAUGUUUUCCGUUGCACAAGGCUGCUUCCUUAUGUUAGCCAUAAUAUAUCCGCAGAAUAUCGGAAUACACGAUGCAACUGACGAAGAUCUAGAGGCUUUUUGUCACAUGUGGAAGUGCUACGGAUAUUUUCUCGGAAUGGAAGACGAGUACAAUUUUUGCCGUGGCAGCUUCAAGGAAAUAAAGCAACGCCUAUGUGAUUUAGAUCAACAUUGGAUAAAGAUUAAUUUUACAGACAUCACAUCCGAAUGGAUGUACAUAAUCAGAAAUAUCACCGAAUCUAUAAAUUAUUAUCCUUAUCUGUAUAUGACUCAUAAGAUAAUGACUCUGCUUUUGGCAGAAUCUUUAAAUCUUGAGAUGCCCAACUUGUAUGCAUCACUCAAGUAUGGAGAGUGGAUCGCUUAUAACAUUUACAAAUUUUUCUUCAAUCAUGCAGCUAAAUUUUCAAUCAUAAAAAGAAUUGUCAAUUUAUUAUUUUAUAAAAUACUUCAAACGGCGUCAAACUUUGGACCAGAGACAUUAGCGAAGUUGCAAGAAAAGUCAAAGCAAUAUCUGGAUUUUUCUAAUAAAUCAUGAUAUUUUAUGAUAUAUUAUGCAGUGAUUUUACAUAUGAUUUUACAUGCGGUGAUUUUUGCUUUAUGUAUUAUGCGGUGAUUGGUUUAUGUAAUUAUGUCUUAUGUCAUAUUAUGCGGUGAUUGGUUUAUAUAAUUAUAUCUUAUGUCAUAUUAUGCGGUGAUAGAUUUAUAUAAUUAUAUAAUUAUGUCUUAAUACAGUUUUCUAAUCUCAAA